AUGGCCGACGGGCCUCCGCCACUCCCUUACUCCCUCCGCCAAAGAAAGCGCUCCAUUGCGUUUUUCUGGACACUUUUCGUGAUUGACACACUCGCCCAACCGCUAAUCCUCUACUAUGCGCUGCGAUACGCGACAGACCUAUCACUCAACCUUGUCUUCUCCAUCAGUACGGCGGCCUUGGGUGGUGUUUCCGUCUUCGAGUUUUUCUUCCGACUGUAUAAUCUGAUGCGAAAGAACUCGAGAGCCAGACCGCUGAAUGCACGCAAAUCAUGGGGACAAAGGCUGAUAUAUGAGCAGCUCGACUUUUUUCAAAUCAACUUCACUGUCGUAUGGUUGAUCCUCGCCGUCGAAUUGAUUGUUGGUACCAUCCCGACCAUUCCAUACAUCCGCCUACUCGCAAUGCCCCUUCCUACCGUCAUGUUCUACUUCGGCGGUGUCCACCUUACUCUGGAUAUCCUUCGCAUGUUUGGCUACAAAGCUCCCUUUCGCAUAUCCUCAACUCCACGAGGCUCCGUGAUGCCUACCGCCCUCUACGUCCUCGUCGAGGACAUUGUUGCCGUAGACGGAGGCGGCGGCCAGAGUUUUCGCUUUGCCCUUCGCACUCGCUACUUAUCUAGCCCUUACUUCCGCCGUAUGCUCUUCGAAAUGAAUUGCUUUUGGGCCGGUGGCUCCCUUAUCGCAGCUGCAGCUAUUACAGCCAUCAUUUUUACAACUCCGGAAAAUGUCGCCUAUACUCUUGGCUGGUCCCUCCCGUUUGCUUGGGCCGGUAUUUGGACUUUAAUUACAUUUCCCUGGGUGCAAGCCGAACUUCGCCGUGAAAAGGAAACAUGGAGUCUUGUGCAGCAAAACCACGGCGGGGAGCCUUUCACCGAUGACAUCACUGCUAAUCCACGCACACGAAUGAACUCCAUCCAGGCACGUAUUCUGCCAUCAUUCGCACGCGAAAAACCGACUUCCCCCGAGAGCUUGUCUACCACGGAAGAUAGACAUAGUAAUUUCCCUGAUACCAUCCGGCCCGAUGUUGCAGAGGAAACCACAAGAGCUACUAGCCAUGUUGACUUUGUGGGCGCAGCCACCGCCGAUGAAGGCGUUAUUGGUGCUGGAGGGCUCGAGCGAAGCGCUUCUCGUUCUCACAGUCAUGAUCAUGCCGCCAUCAGCAACAGCAGCAGCAACGCUGAUCCCAAUCGAGACAUUGAAAAACAAGAAGAUCCCACAGAAUUCCCAGACAGGAUUUGA